AUGGCAUCAUCAUCCGCAUUUACACCAAACGAAAUGGCUCUCAACGACAAUGUUUGCAAGUUAUUUUCUAUGAAUUUCCCCAAAUUUCGACGCCUGCUCCUGUUGAAUGCGAGUCGAACGAGGGCAAAUUGGACCGACGAAUCCGAAAAUUCGGACGUUUGUUCGAGGCUUUGCAUCAACCCCUCCUUUCGUGGACAGAGACUCAACCGUCGGGACCCAGUCCCUCCCGGCCGCCCCCGUCUGUCACGUAGCUGUGACACAAUUGGGGGUGGGGUGGGAAGAGACAGAAACGGGGUGGCGCAGGGCGAGAGGAUCGGCAGUCCACCUGCCACAAAUGUGCCGCCCAUUUGCGCCAGCCACGGCCGACAUGUCCCCCACUCGGCCCAUCCCAGCUCGGCCAAGGUACAGAAGCACUUAUCCACUUUUCCCACCCUCUGCCCGGCCCGACUGACGCCCCUCCACCCCUCCGCUUGUCUCCGGUCGGAUGAGCCAAUCGACGCCGAAGCCGAGGCCGAGGCCGAGGCCGUAGAUGCCGUCCCAGCUCUCGAGCAGUCUCAUUUGAUUUCCGUCUUUUUGGGAUAA